GGGAGGAUUGAUGGAACGCGGAUAUCUUCGUGUCGUGCGUGCGGCUCGGUUGGGAGUUCCUCGCACGGUGUUUACUGUAUUGUUAGCCCCUCCUGCAAAAGGGCGCGAGCUUCUUUGCCCCUUGCGCGAACGCGGAGCGGGGCCAGCUUCCCGAGGAUCGUUCACUCCUUUGCUCAGUCAGCGAGUGAGUGCGCGGCAGCCGCAGCCAGCAACUACUGUAAAAAGAGCCUCCUUUCGCUCCUCCUCCUUUUCUCCCCGCUCCCCAAUCUUGGAAUUGCCUCAGUCUUUCGGCAUGGGUAGAGGUUGAGAGACUGGAAGCAAAAAGAGAAAGGUAUUGCUGAGCAGAGUUAGCGAGGAAGCGACCGAGAAAAAACCCAGCUAAUAGACUCACGCUCUGGGACCACAGUCUAGCUUUGCCGAGCGCGCUCGCUCCGGAUUGUUGCCGCAUACACUCAGGAUGGGGCACGGGAAUCACCGAUCUCCGGGAGUUUCAGCUACUGGCGAGGAAUCUUUCGGGGCGAGACGGGUCCCUACCGCUGCUGUCCUCUUCGCUUUGCUGUUGAGCACCUUUAGCUCCGCUAUAGACCAAAAGAAAGUUUGUCAAGGAACAAGCAAUAAGCUAACUCAACUUGCAAGCGUGGAUGACCACUAUAACAACCUUAAAAGGAUGUAUGAGAACUGUGAAGUAGUGCUUGGCAACCUGGAAAUCACUUAUGUGGAUUACAAUUAUAACCUUACCUUUCUAAAGACUAUACAAGAAGUGGCUGGCUAUGUGGUUAUAGCAAUGAAUGCAGUGAAAACUAUCCCUUUGGAGAAUCUCCAGAUAAUACGAGGAAACACACUUUAUGAAAAUGCUGCACUAGCAAUUUUAUUAAAUCACAAUGGUACAAGGGGACUUAAAGAGCUGCCAUUAAGACGGUUGGCAGAAAUUCUAAAUGGAGGAGUAAAGUUCAGGAGUAACCCUUACCUCUGCAACAUGGAAAAUGUUCUGUGGGAUGACAUUUUUGAUAAAAAUAAUGUUCGGAGUUUUGUACAGUUUGACACCAACGAAAAAACAAAGGGGUUAACAGAAUCUCACAUAUCCUGUUCUCCUUGUCACCCGAAUUGCACAAGAGGGCAUUGCUGGGAUGCUGGUGAAGAGAAUUGCCAAAUAUUAACUAAGAUUGACUGUGCAGCACAGUGCUCAGGUCGAUGCAAGGGAAGAUUGCCAAGUGACUGCUGUCAUACUCAGUGCGCAGCAGGAUGUACAGGUCCUAAAGAAAGUGACUGCUUGGCAUGUCGUAAGUUUUGGGAUGAUGCAACUUGCAAGGAGUCUUGUCCAUCUUUACAAAUAUACAAUCCCUAUACUUAUCAGUUGGAAGAUAACCCAGAAGGAAAGUACAGUUUUGGAGCAACUUGUGUAAAAAACUGUCCACAUAACUAUGUAGUAACAGAUCAUGGCUCAUGCGUCCGAUCAUGUAGUGCAGACUCUACAGAAGUGGAGCAGAAUGGCAUUCGAAAGUGUAAAAAAUGUGAUGGUCCUUGUAGCAAAGUGUGCAGUGGAAUUGGAAUAGGUGAACUGAAAGGUGUUCUUGCAGUAAAUGAAUCCAAUAUAGAUUAUUUCAAGAACUGUACCACAAUCAAUGGUGAUCUCACAUUUCUGCAUGCAUCCUUUUUUGGUGAUGAAUAUACAAAAACACCCCCUUUGGGUAUAAGAAAAUUGGAUAUUUUUAAAACUGUUAAAGAAAUCACAGGGUUUCUAUUGAUCCAGGUUUGGCCUGAAAAUGUCACUGAUUUGAGUAGCUUUGAAAAUCUGGAAGUAAUACGAGGUAGAACAAAACAAUUAGGUCAAUAUGCUCUUGCAGUAAUCAACCUGAAUAUCAGAUCUUUGGGACUACGGUCUCUCAAAGAAAUAAGUGAUGGAGAUGUAGCCAUUUUGAGAAACAGCCACCUUUGCUAUGGCAAUACAUUGGAUUGGAAGAAACUUUUUGUAACACCAAAACAGAAAAUAAAAAUAAGCAAAAAUGGAAAUGAAAGUGAAUGUGCUGCCACAGGACAAGUUUGCCAUCCACUCUGCUCAAAUAUAGGCUGCUGGGGCCCAGGACCCUUCCAGUGCUUUUCUUGCCGUUAUUUUAUCCGCCAACAGGAAUGUGUAAAACAUUGUAAUAUUUAUCAAGGAAUGCCUCGAGAAUAUGAACAAAAUUCGGAGUGCUUUCAGUGCCAUUCAGAAUGCCUUGUGCAAAAUGCAACUGAACCAUAUUUAUCUUGCACAGGACCUGGUCCUGGCAACUGCCUGAGGUGUGCUCAUGUAAAAGAUGGUCCACAUUGUGUUAAAUCAUGUCCUGCUGGCAUUUUGGGAGAAAAUGAUACCUUAGUCUGGAAAUACCCAGAUGAAAAUUUAAUAUGUCAGUUAUGCCAUCCGAAUUGUGUUCGUGGAUGCAAAGGACCUGGACCCGAAGGCUGUCCUAAUGGAUCUAAAAUCCCAUCCAUUGCAGCUGGAGUUGUUGGGAGCAUUCUUUGCUUAGUUGUUAUAGCCCUGGGUAUUGGUCUUUUUGUGCGUAGACGACGGAUUGUUAGAAAACGUACUUUGCGCAGACUGCUGCAAGAAAGAGAGCUUGUUGAACCUUUGACACCAAGUGGGGAAGCACCAAACCAAGCACUUCUAAGAAUCUUAAAAGAAACAGAAUUUAAAAAAGUAAAAGUACUUGGCUCUGGAGCUUUUGGUACUGUCUAUCAGGGUCUCUGGAUCCCAGAAGGAGAAAAAGUUAAAAUUCCUGUAGCCAUUAAGGAAUUAAGAGAGGCUACAUCACCCAAAGCUAACAAAGAAAUUCUUGAUGAAGCAUACGUGAUGGCAAGUGUUGAUAAUCCCCAUGUGUGCCGUUUGCUGGGAAUUUGCCUCACAUCAACUGUCCAGCUCAUCACCCAGCUUAUGCCCUAUGGCUGCCUUCUUGACUAUGUUAGAGAACACAAAGAUAACAUUGGAUCCCAGUACCUUCUCAACUGGUGUGUGCAGAUUGCAAAGGGAAUGAAUUACUUAGAGGAACGUCGUUUGGUACACCGUGAUUUGGCUGCUAGAAAUGUCCUUGUUAAGACUCCCCAGCAUGUAAAGAUCACAGACUUUGGUUUGGCCAAAUUACUUGGUGCAGAAGAGAAGGAGUAUCAUGCUGAAGGAGGCAAAGUUCCAAUUAAAUGGAUGGCUUUGGAGUCAAUUUUGCAUCGCAUUUAUACCCACCAGAGUGAUGUUUGGAGUUUUGGUGUCACUGUUUGGGAAUUAAUGACAUUUGGAUCUAAACCAUAUGAUGGUAUUCCAGCCAGUGAAAUUUCCUCUGUCUUGGAGAAAGGAGAGCGAUUGCCUCAGCCCCCCAUAUGUACAAUUGAUGUGUAUAUGAUCAUGGUCAAAUGUUGGAUGAUUGAUGCAGAGAGUCGUCCUAAAUUCAGGGAGUUAAUAGCAGAAUUCUCCAAAAUGGCUCGAGAUCCACAACGCUAUCUCGUCAUACAGGGAGAUGAAAGAAUGCACCUGCCCAGCCCAACAGAUUCCAAAUUUUACCGGAGUCUAAUGGAAGAAGAAGACAUGGAAGAUAUUGUGGAUGCAGAUGAAUAUCUAAUUCCCCAUCAAGGAUUUUUCAGCAACCCAUCAAAUUCACGAACACCUCUCUUAAGCUCAUUGGGCCAUCCAGUGAGAGAAGACAGCUUUGUCCAGAGAUACAGUUCAGAUCCAACUGGAGUUUUCCUAGAUGACAGUCUGGACGAUGGUUUUCUGCCUGCUCCAGAAUAUGUAAAUCAGCAAGUGACCCCAAAUGCAUCUGCUUCUAUGGUACAAAAUCCAGUCUACAAUACUUUCUCCCUUCCCAUUGAUCCAAAGCCUAUGAAUGAUUCAAAUCAUCAAAAGCUGCAUAACACAGCACUGGAUAACCCAGAAUAUCUCAACACAAGCCUCUCGCCUUCGGCUAACACAGUUUAUGAUAGCUCUUCCUAUUGGGACCAGACAGCCAACUACCAAAUCAGUCUGGACAAUCCAGACUAUCAGCAAGACUUCAUGCCCAGAGACAACAAGCCUAAUGGCAUUGUUAAACUUCCUCCAGCUGAGAAUCCAGAAUACCUAAGGGUAGCAGUACCAAAAAAUGAAUACAUUGAAGCCUCAGCGUGACCGUGGUAAAGACUUUAUAUAGUCUCAACAAUGCAGGAAAGAAACACAGAUGAAAGAGUUGUUUGCUAUAUAGAAACAGAUUAUGGUUAGAUUAAAAAUCAUAAUUACAUUUUGUAGUACACUUUUAUCUUCCAAGUGUCUGUAUUGUUUCAGCAAGUUUGCCUAGAACUUCAUUUAUUUCUGUGUUUACAAAAGAUGCAACAAAGAACCAAGAAAUACCAACCAGCAAGCAAUGUUUUUUUCUUAAGCUAUAUACAAGCCCAACCUUUUCCUGAAUAUUAACUAUUGUAAUAAGCAUCCGUCUUAAGCCCUUUUGAUACCAUAUCUUUUAUAGGUCAUUUGUAGUACUUCUUUUAAAAAGCCUUUAUGACAGUAAGUGACAAGGUUAUGCAAUAUGGAUCAUAGUGAGAGGAACACAGGGUAAGUGGGGGGACUUAAAGACUCAGAUCAUUUUAUUUGCAAUAACAAUAGUACUUUUUAAAAUGUGGAAAUUCUGCUUAAUAUAACCUUUGAUUACAUUGGGAGAAAGAAUGCUUAUUCUUUAUACAACAUACACUGCCACUACUACUGCUGGGAAGUUCUGCAAGUUUCAAUUCAAGAAUGUUGAUAAAAUUCAAAAAGUUAAGACAGUCAGGAAUGAUCAUCAGGUACUCUGUCACGUGUUUCUGUAAUACUCACUGUAGGAAUGAGCAGCAUUGUUGUCUGUGAGGUUUUGUGCUUAUAUCUUAGUUUCAUGAUUUUUAGAGAUAUGAAAAAUGAACAAACAUCUGUAAAUGGAAAACAUUGAUUCUUGUUUUGCACAUAAAAACAUUCCACUUCACUGCCUUGCUGCAUUUGAACAUGGUGUGUGUGUGUGUGUGUGUAUAUAAUUCCACACGGGGAAUUAUUACAUACAUAACUGCAUGUACUAAGGAUGGGUCUUGGGGAAAUCUAUUGCAAAAGCUUUAAAAAAUUAUGCUGUGACUGAACAUCCAUUUAUCAUUAUGCAGAAAUUAUUGGUAGAGAAAAUAUUAAUCUUCGAAAUAAUUGCAUUGAGGCAAAAUAUUUCUGUACCAAGAUUCAGCAUUACAUGAUAAAUAAAAUCAGUUAAUCUGCAUAUGAAGCAUAAUUCAGAAACUUCAUUUAAACAGGUAAAUUAACUUAUUCUCCCAAAAUAUCCCAUCAAUGUAGGAUGAUUUUCAGGCCAACCUGAUCAUUAUAUAUUAAACUGAUGUUCUAAUACAGUGCUUAUACCUAUUUUACUCAGAACUAAGUCCAACUGAAUUCAAUACAGUUGUCUCUCUAAUAGUAUAUAGGAUUGCAAUCUACUAGUGUGAUCCAGUAAAGGCCUAAUUUUAAAAUAAGAUCUAUUAAAUUUAGUGAGAUUUAUUUCUGUACUAGUAUGCAUAAUAUUGUAGCUUGACUAAGCAUGGUUCCAUUGACUCUCCGUGGCAUACUGUCUAAUACUGUUAUCCCUGUUAGUUUGAGUUUAUGACUUUGAUAUAAAGCCACUAUAUAACAAUUUCCAUAUUGUUCAAAUAAUGCUGAAUCCCUGCCUUAAUUACAAAUGAAAAAUCAUUGAACAAUAACUAUUCCUCUUUUUAAUGAUACUAUAAAUUCUGCUAGUAAAAUACAUGUGAAAAUAGUCCUGGGUAUAAUUUAUUAUGUUGGAUUGUGGCAUUUCAUAUCCCAGGAAAUAUAAGGUAAAAAUAAUCACAUAGUGGGGAAAAACCAAAUCACACACAUGAAUGUAUCAUCAAAAAAUUGGUGAUGUUCUAAAUAGUUCGCUAUGAAGCACCAAAUCAUUAUGAAUAUCUAUUCUUUACAAUGUUAUUAACUUGGCUCUGGGUAAUGGAAACUAAAGACUGUGUAAACUAUAAAUAUAUCUUGAAACUCUGAAUUGGAGAAAACAAAUCCAGUAAUUUAUUCUGAACGUAUUGGAAAUAUUUUACAUAUUAAUUGCAUAGAAGAGACCAAAAUUCCUUUCCAGACUUAACUGUGCCUGCAUAUAUGCUGAUGAUGGAGGCUAUCUGUUUGAUUGUGUCAAAUUUUCAUCAAUUCUAUGAACCAUCUCUCUCCACAUUGUAUGACUUCUUUUACUUGUAUUAUGGUCUGGCAGUGUUGGCUUUGAUUAUAUCUAGCAACCAUGUUUUUAUAGUGGCCUCAUUUCCUUUUACGAAUGAUUCCAAACUUAACUACCUUUUCCAGUGAGUUUAAUUGUAUGACAUCGCCAAAAUAUAUAAGGCGAAAUGAUUCCAGCUCUGUUUAGUUUUAUAUACCCAAUAUUUGCUUGUUUGUCACAUUUGCUGUAUAAGGAAUGUGCAAGAGCCUUCUCCAACACCACAUCAUGAACAAGUCAAUUUUCUUCCUGGUCAGUUUUUUUCAGAGUCCAACUUUUGCAGCUAUAGGUAACUAUGAGAAAUAUGAUAGUGUGAGCUAAUUCUUGUUUAGUUGCCAGAAGGUAUAUGUACUACAUACAUGCAAUGAGCUGUAUAUAUAUUUCCUGCUCUAAUUUGCAAGAAUUAGCCACAAUUCUGUACCAUUUUUAUGCAUUCUAUAUGCAUGAUGUCAAGUAAAUAAUUUAUCUUGCUUAUAUAACAGGAGGUAUACAAUGUAAAACCACUUUGGAUUGCUACAAGUAAUGAUUUUUUCCUUUGAAAAUAGAUACUGAUUCCCAAGCGAAAGAUUUGUGUAAAUCGUGAUUAUGUAUGAAGCCACUCUAAGUGCAAAAUAUUUUACAUUUCUGAACAAUGAUUUCAUUUUGGGGACUUGGUUAAUAAAAGAAGAACUAUUACCUACCUCUUCAAUGUCAAUGGUAAUUAACAUGCUCUAAUUUUCUAUGAUUUAUAUUUCUCUGUGAGAAAAUGUGUUAGAAAAGGUGAGAAUUGGUUUUAUUUUUUGUUCUUCUCAGCCAUGUUUAAAUUGUGUAUCAAUAGUGUGAUCUAUAUAUCAUGCUACAAAGGGACAACCCUGUAGAUGUAGAA